AUGACCAAGGUGAAGCGAGCGGUACAAUUGUACCAGCACCAAUUCCGGAAUCCAAAACCUUCCCCGGAUACGGUCUCCGAAGUUUUCUUUCGUGUCCCGACCCGGCCGGCAAAAAGAGGGAUUCCUAGGAAACCGGCGACCGUGACUGCCCACACAUCUACUCCUAUGUUAAACGAGGCUCCGUCUCCAGCAAAGAUGACUACCAUGCCCGAGGGUCUUUUUGUGGCUCCAAUGCCUCCGCCACCCACUACCCUUGGCACCUCUACUGACGCCGAUGCUGCUCCACUAGCACGACAGAUUUUCUUACGCCCCCCGAUCCCAGCUAUUUUUCCACCACCCAAUUUCUUGCGCCGUAUGGCACCCAAGGACAGCUAUGCCACCGCCGCCGCCGAUGAGCUCCUCGGACUCACGGAAGUUGGAUCCGAUGAAACCAUGCAAGACAUAUUUAGGUCUUUGGAAGAGUUAGUGAGCCAGGUCGAGCCAAUACAGCCUCCUGUCCAUAAUAGCACUAAUCUUGUCGCCGCUGACACCGCUCCACCUAUCGUCCCUCACGUCGAACCGGCACCCGACGAAACCUAUGCGACCGGAGUCGCUAUUGCGCAAGCCCUCCUCAAGUACAAAGGGCAGACCAAGCCGAAAGCCCUUUGUCAGGCUUUGGCCAAGUUCCGUCCGGCCCACAUACCAGCUCAUCACCGGUACCGGACUAAAUUCAAGGAUGCCAAUGGAACUUUUGUAUAUACGAACAUUCCCCAUAACUUUUAA